AUCCUUUUGACGAAAAUUUAAGUACGCGACAAGUUACUGCGCUUGUCAAUACUUUGGUGAGUUGCCUCCCAGAUGUAUCGAAACCGCAUCUUAUCCGUUACGGAAUUAUUUUGCCAACUGCUCCCCAACCACAUUUCAAUUAUCCGUCAUUUAUAAAAGUACUUAAGUUGGACCAGUUGAGUCGAGGUAUAUCACGUUGGAUAACAAGAUAUGCAACUGCUGAAGUUAAUUUACCGUUUCCUGGUGAUCCAUUGAUAGUGCUUUGUACUCAUUUGUCAGCGGAAAUUCUUCGAGUGGUUUUUGUCAACUGUUUUCUAAAUAGAAUCGCGAUCAAAGAUUCUCCGUGGAUCAGUGUUCUUCAAGAUAUAACGCCGUGGGCUUAUGUUCGGUGUGUUCAACGGAUCAACGAACUUCAUAUCGCGCGGGUGGACUAUAAUUCACGUAUAACAAAUUUAAUUGAUUUGCAUAAUCUUUCGUAUCUUAUAAAGAUUUGGGCGUCACGUUGUCACGAAAUUAGAUCUUUAUAUAUUCGAGUGGGUGAAGAAUCACAAUUAUUUCAUGAUUUUUUACCAAAAUUAGUAAAAGCCCAAGAUCAACUUAUCAAA